AAAGUAGUAUAGUACUAAGAACUUGACAUGUCGAGUUCUAAUCAAAGGGCUUCUUCUACUAGCAAUGGAAGAAGAGAAGAAGAAGAAGAAGAAAAUGAAGGUGAUGAAGUAGUCAGGGAAAUUCAUGCCCUGACACCCCCUCGACCACCACCACCGUCGCAGAACAGAGCUCGCCGGAGUGACUCUUGGGAGACUAGAUUCUCCACCAUAUCUAGUGGUGACAGUGUUUCAAGUGAGAAUUUCACAACCAUGAGUCGAGAAUUUAAUGCUCUAGUACUUGCAGGAUCGAUAAUUGGGAACACAGGCAAUGAAAAUGAAGGUGGAAACAAUCUUGCUAGAAUUGGAGAAGAUGAUGAUGUACCAGCAGAGGAAACAAACCCAUUAGCUAUUGUCCCAGAUCACAGCCAUUCCUUGGACCAUGUUGGUGGUUCUUCAUCUUCAGCUAAUAUUAAUGGUGGUCUUACUGAAGAAAAGUCCAUGCAAAAAGUGAAGAAAGAAGAGAUUGAAUCGAAGAUAUCGGCAUGGCAGACUGCCAAGAUUGCCAAGGUCAAUAACAGAUUCAAGAGGGAAGAUGCCAUCAUCAAUGGUUGGGAGAGUGAGCAGGUCCAGAAGGCUCAAUCUAAUUUAAAGAAAGUUGAGAGGAAGCUAGAGGAGAAAAGGGCCAGAGCUUUAGAGCAAAUGCAAAACGAGGUGGCAAAGGCACAUGGAAAGGCAGAGGAGAGGAGAGCAUCGGCUGAAGCCAAGAGGGGAACUAAAGUGGCCAAGAUUUUUGAGAUAUCUAAUCUGUUGAGAGCCAUAGGAAGGGCUCCUACCAAACGCUCCUUCUUCUAAAGUCCAUAACGUACCAUUUUGCUUUUCAAAUUUGAAGGGUGCCCUUAUCAUCAAUUCAGUGAUGGAAGGUAUGAAACCCAUACUCAAGAGGUUCAGGAAAUGAUGUUUU